AUGGUCACUCCUCCUUCAGUAACUUAUGCAGAGGCAAAAGCACGGGUUGUCCGUGCAAUUGCAAAAAUCACUUCAUUUGUCGCUGCAGCCGGUGAAUAUAAAGCCGAUCGUUCUAAUGCGGGCAAACAUGCUAAAGUAGCUAAGAUGCUGUCUGAAUUAAAUGACAUUCGUCGAAUUGCUGAAGACGAUUUCCAAGUCAUGGAAUCUUCUGUUAGUAAAAAGUUAGCCCCCAUGGAAGUCGUAGAUAAUAAAGAGAGUCUAAGCCUCAGUGCCGAUUUUGACAAUUUGUACUAUGAACUUGCUGCUUUUGCUGAUGUGUAUCAUAUUUCAUUAUCUCCCGGCAUGGAUACAUCCUCAGCUCAGUUGUCAGUUAACCAAACAACAGGCUCCAGUAAUUUGUCACAUUAUCAACUGCCCAAACGGAGCUUUCCUACGUUUUCUGGAGUGCUUAUUGAAUGGCAAGGUUUCGAAGAUCUCUUUAAAUCAAUUUUGUCCCACGCUCCUGAUCUUCCCGAUGUUGAGCGAUUUGAAAUAUUAAAGACCUCUCUGCAAGGUGAAGCUCUAUCGUUGGUUUCACAUCUCCCUUUGACGUCCGCAAACUAUAACAAAGCUUGGGAAGUGUUGCGUGCUCGUUAUGGGAACAAGCGUGAUUUGGCUCGAAUUCAUCUGGACGCCCUCCUAGCACCCCACACAGUCAAUUGUAACGACGCGGCUUCCAUAAAAACUCUUCUCACGACCAUUCUUGAACACACUGCGGCCCUAGAUAAUUUAGAUUUUGUUACUCGCCAAUGGAGUCCGAUUCUUGUUCAUAUCUUUGAAAAUCAUCUAGAUUAUGAUCUUCGCUCUCGUUGGGAACUUACUGUUGGAGAUCGCCAUCAACCAGCCACGAGUGACUUUGUAGAAUUUUUAAGGAGCCAUGUACGGUCAGCCGAAGCUCGUGCAGGAAAUUAUUCAACGACUUUACAAUCUAGUACUUCCCAACCAAAACAGUCAAAAAAGGUAUAUACUACACACUCUCGUCCCACUUAUGGACCAAAAGUGUUGACCGCCAGUGCGGCGUUAUCCACUGAAUCAGGUCAUCGGUCACCUGCUAUCAGUAACUGCCAAAUUUGCAAAAAGCCUCAUUCGAUUCGACAAUGUAAAUUGUUCCUUAGUAAAGGCCCAAACGAUCGUUUUCAGCUGGCAAAAACCCAUCGUCUCUGCAUCAACUGUCUCGGCUGUGGACACUCGUCCGCUGCGUGCCCUUCGAAAUUCAAGUGUCAAUCGUGCAAUCGUUCUCACCAUACCUUGUUACACUUUGAAUCAAGUCCAGCCACGAGUACACCACCAAGUAGUUCCAUGGUGGUCCAGUCAGGUGAUCCUACCCGCACGGUCUCGUUAGUUGUAAAAGAUAACCCCCAGAAAGUGGUAUUAUUAUCAACUGUGCUUCUGGACAUUUGUGGUACCGAUGGUCAUCGUCAUUCGUUUAGAGCCCUAUUAGACAGUGGCUCUCAAGCCAGCUUUAUCACGGGCAAAUCGGCUGACAUUCUUAUGCUCAAUCGCCGACGUUCACCUGUGAGUAUAACCACGUUUGCUAACACUACUGCUACUCCUGUUUGUGGAUCAUCCGUUGUCAUUGUGACUCCUCACGGCAAACAAACACCCAGCCUAAGUAUUGACGCUUUGAUUGUACCACAGAUCACAGGAAAAACCCCGCAAAUCUCGUUCACACCUGGUCAAUGGACACAUAUUCACCAUUUGCCCUUAGCAGAUCCGUCAUAUCACAUUCCUGGUGACAUAGACUUGCUGUUGGGCGCCGACAUUCUACCGUCCAUAUUAUGCGACAGUCUCAUUUCGGGUAGUGCAGGCGAGCCUACUGCGUUAAAAACAAUUUUCGGUUGGGUUUUGUUUGGGCCGACCACCACAGCUCCCCCUGUUUCACUGGCCACAAUGUGUGUGUCAACAUCCAGCAACCUUGAUGCAACCUUAAGAAAGUUUUGGGAGUUGGAAGAGCUACCUGUAGUUCAUCACUUAAGUCCCGAUGACAAAGUUGCAGAAGAGAUCUACGUCUCAACCACUACUCGUCUUAGUUCAGGUCGUUUUAUGGUUACACUUCCGUUUCGAACACCGUCUCCUGUGUUAGGUGAUUCUAAGACUCAUGCUCAUCAACGCUACAAGGCCCUUGAGCUUCGACUAAGUCGACAACCUGAUCUUCGAAAACAGUACAUAGACUUUAUGCAGGAUUACUUGUCAAGUGGUCACAUGGAACUUGUGCCAGUGUCUGAACGCGACAAUCCACUGAAUUACUAUAUACCACACCAUUGUGUCAUAAAACCUGACAGCAAGACAACAAAAUUGCGUGUUGUAUUCAAUGCUUCAGCCCGUACUUCAACCGGAGCCUCUCUGAAUGAGAGUAUGUAUACUGGUCCAAAGUUGCAACCAGAUAUUCAAGUUGUAUUGCUCCGCUCUCGUCUCUGGAAGUACCUGUUUAUGGCUGACAUAAAACAGAUGUACCGCCAAAUCCUAGUUCAACCUUCAGAUCGAGACUAUUUGAGAAUCCUGUGGAGAUUUUCACCCUCGUCUCCAAUUGAUGAAUAUCGGCUCUGUACAGUUACGUAUGGAACGUCAGCAGCACCUUUUCAAGCUCUGCGAACUAUUCGUCAUCUUGCUACACUGGACGGUGCUAGGUGGCCGGUGGCCGCUGACGUUUUACUCAAUGACACUUUUGUCGACGAUAUUUUAACUGGUGCAAACUCAGAAGAAGACGCUCUCAACUGUCAAGACCAAUUGAUAAACCUUUGUGCACUCGCUCAAUUUGAGCUCCGCAAGUGGGCCAGCAACAAUGUACAACUUCUACAAAUGGUCCCACCAGAAUCUCGUGCAAUGUCCGUCUCAGUCUUGUUCGACAGUGACGAACUCUCUGAUUUGAAAGUAUUAGGCUCAGCCAUCGAUGACUCAACCGACAAAACGAUCUGUUCUGUCCGACAUUGCUCGUGUCUUUGA